AGGUCAGAGGGAGGCGGCCUGGCGUCCGAGCCGAGCGCCUGCGCCGAGCGGGGCCGAGCGGGGCGGCCGGAGCGGAGCGGAGCGCAGCGGAGGGCAGCGCGAGCGGAGCCGGAGCCCCCGCCAGCGGCGGAGACGCUGACGCCCGCCCGGCCCCGCGCCGCCGCGGCAGGCCCGGCAUGGAGGAGGAGUGCCGGGUGCUCUCCAUCCAGAGCCACGUCGUCCGCGGCUACGUGGGCAACCGGGCGGCCACGUUCCCGCUGCAGGUUUUGGGGUUUGAGAUCGACGCGGUGAACUCUGUCCAGUUCUCAAACCACACAGGCUACACACACUGGAAGGGUCAGGUGCUGAACUCGGAUGAACUCCAUGAGCUGUACGAAGGUCUGAAGCUGAACAACGUGAACAAAUAUGAUUAUGUGCUCACAGGUUACACGAGGGACAAGUCCUUCCUGGCCAUGGUGGUGGACAUCGUGCGGGAGCUGAAGCAGCAGAACCCCAGGCUCGUGUACGUGUGUGAUCCAGUGAUGGGUGACAAGUGGAACGGCGAGGGCUCCAUGUACGUUCCAGAGGACCUCCUUCCAGUUUACAAAGAAAAGGUUGUGCCGGUUGCAGACAUUAUAACCCCCAACCAGUUUGAGGCUGAAUUGCUGAGCGGCAGAAAGAUCCACAGCCAGGAAGAGGCGUUAGCGGUGAUGGACGUGCUGCACUCGAUGGGCCCCGACACGGUGGUCAUCACCAGCUCCGACCUGCCCUCCCCGAGGGGCAACGACUACCUGAUUGCACUGGGGAGCCAGAGGAUGCGGAGCCCCGAUGGCUCCGUGGUGACGGAGCGCAUCCGCAUGGAGAUGCGCAGGGUGGACGCGGUCUUCGUGGGCACCGGGGACCUCUUUGCCGCCAUGCUCCUGGCGUGGACGCACAAGCACCCCAAUAAUCUCAAGGUGGCCUGUGAGAAGACCGUGUCAGCCAUGCAUCACGUUCUGCAGCGGACCAUCAAAUGUGCAAAAGCCCAGGCUGGGAAAGGACUGAAGCCCAACCCGGCCCAGCUGGAGCUGAGGAUGGUCCAGAGCAAAAAGGAUAUCGAGAACCCGGAGAUCGUCGUCCAGGCCACGGUGCUGUGAGGCCGCGUGCACCACCUCCCGACGCACAGCGUGUUGGUGUCUCCAUUUUCAUUCCUGUGAAAAGUGUAACGUCUGCCUUAGAGCUGUGACCGAAACUUGAGAUUUUUUUUCUUUCAUGAGUGUCCAGCAUCCACUGGUCUUAAUUGUGAAAACGUGCCAGUUGUGCUUUUUAAAAAUAACAAAGCGAUCACAGAAAUUUCUAAUUUGGAAACAGCUCCCCUCCCCCCGAAGGCUCCUGGGCCUCCCUGGAAAACCAGCUCCGUGUUGACCGUCUCAGGGGUGUCCUCCUCGGCUGGCUCGGGGGUCUGUGGGAUCCCUGUCCCGCGUGGGCUGGGCCUGGGGAAGCCCCCGUGUCUGUGCGUCUCUGAGACCGUGCCCGGUUUUAACUGUCCACAUCAGAAGAAUUAUGCCAAAUAUCUUUAUUGCUGUUUUGCCCUUUCUUCUUUGUUCCUGCAUCAGAAUGUUUUUAUUUCUGACUUUGCCGCCUGUUAGAUCCCUGGGGAUUUCAGAUGUUCCGCUUUCGUUCUGCCGUAUGGACAGGUUAAUGCCAGCGGGCUCAGACACACACAGACCCUGCACUGUCACUUUGGUGGGGACCUUUCCAGGACCCCGAAAACUCAAGUGGGUCCGUAAAUCUCAUGUAUAUCAGCGGGACCACCUUGUAACUCACUGGGGGACGUGGCAGAGAUAAAGAAAAGUCUGGUGCUGGGGGUGAUGACUGUGUCCGGGUCCUUGUGAAAACUUGCCUAGUUUAUGGUACAACAAGUUAAGCCCUGUGUUUGCCACCUGCUGCUGGUGACAAAUGCAUUGUGCCAUGGUGUUAGUGUACAGACAGAUACAGAGGGCUCCUGCCCCCCACUGUCGGCAUAUUUCACCCCACCGGCCAGUUACCUCGUACCCCCCCCCUUCUGCGUUCUGUGCCGGCCAGAGGCCAGGAAGCGAGAGGCUUGCAGAAGCCGGCUCUCGUCCCUCCCCAAACCUGAGAGGGGAGGGGGCAGAGCUUCAGAGGAGCAGCUCUGGGUGCCUCGAGCGAAGGCCACACCUAGGCCGUGACUCUAGUCCACUUGUCCACUGCCGGGUGCCCCUCCUGAAGACUCAGCGUAUCUUGAUCUCAGCAGCCCUCCGCCUUGGUCUGGGGGUGCAGAGGUUUGCAUCUCCCGGGAACCUACAGCCUGGAGAGAAGUGGGGAGAUGGCAGAAUGUGGGGGGCCUGGAUGUGGGCCACUGGGAAAGCAUACUCCAAGGACAGCCCUUGUCCCCCCAUCCACAGCGCUGUCCCCCUAGGCAGGCCCUCUCCUGGAGCCCGCACCUUCUUUUGUGGCAGUUCCAGUGUCUUCCAGAGGGCCUCUCAGCUCUCCACUAGAAUUGUCCUCACUUAGUUGAGAAAGCCCUAAGGGGAAGAGACGCCGGUCUCCGCCGACUUGCUGUGCGACUCCGCUCUUCUUUCUUCUCCGCUCUGCUCACGUUCUUAAUGUCUUAACUCUCAGGCAUCAGCGUGCCCCGGCGGCCCGCGCACAGGGUCAGUGGGUCUCGGCUCGCCAUGGCGGCCAGCGGGUCAGGGCAUGUGUGUCCCUGUCGUGUCUCCUGGUUCCGAGGACCAGGCUCCUCUGUGCCUCGGGGCGCAGCCCACUGGGCCUGGAGAAGGAGGAAGGCUGUGGCUGGCGGCCUGGAGGGGGGCAGCCUCCCCAACACGGUGAGCGGCGGCAGCCACAGUCACUCAGGGCCCUGGGCCUCUGUGGCGCCUUCUACAGAAGAUCCUGUCACUGCCGAGUAGAGCUGGGGAGACGGCCACAUCGCCAGCCAGUGGGAAAAGCUGCUUUUCUUUUCUUUUUCACUAUCAAGAGCAAGUGUAAGACUAGAGAAAGAACCUGAAUGUAUCCCUCUUCAGCGCAAUGGUGCAAAGCCUCCCUGCAAACCCGGUCCUGGUCGUGGGGCUUAUUCUGCGUGUACAGUGCACUUGAAGGAGGCGCACCCUGCACACACGAUUUGCUCCUGGGUCCUUUAGGUCUUAUUCUGGAGGCUUAGUCCCCGACACGAGCUCUCAUUCAUUCCCUUCCUUUAUUAGACAUAGAGUGAUGAGACUGUUCCCCCUGUUGAGCUUUCUGUAAAAUCAUGGAUUCUGGCGUGCCCCAGACCUUCUCCUGUCUCCUUUGGCUGUAAGGCCCGGACCACAAGGAGAACUUGAGGCUUGAGCCCUCCGUACCGAGCAGGAAGCACUGGGGGCUCCCGAGAGCCUUUGCAGGGUGGAGGCUCACG